AUGAGUGACGGGCGCUUCGCUGGCGUGGAAUGGUGCCUGGGCUCCUACACCCCUGCCUGGGGACAGCCCCUCUACCUGGGGAUCCCUCCCAGGGGCAAAGAGGCUCCGGCGCCCUUCGAUGGCUGCUCCAGCUCAGGGAAUAAGGAGCUGUACCUGAAGAAAGAACCCAGCUUCCACCCCCCAGCCAAGGACCAGGCCCUGCCGCAGCUGCUGGGCAAGGGGCAGGCAGGGCAGGAUGGGGACAGGGAUGGGGACACGGUGGUACCCGGAGCCCCGUGGAGGGGUGCCAGAGCUCCCCAUGCCUGCACGCCUCCCCCCAGCACCAGCCACCCCCUCUUCCUCCUGCACCCCAGUGUGGUGGGGAACAGGGGUGGUCCCUGGGUGGGUGCCCAGCCCCACACCACCAAUUUCCGUAUGGAUCCGGGGCCAGGCCGGCCCUCUGAGCCCAAAGACCUCGUGUACCAAAGCCUCCAACCUGGACCAGGGGAGUUCAACCCAUCACCUCCACUCGCAGAGGGGCAUCACCCACUGGUCCACGCCAAGCCAGAGCAUCCCCCAGCUUGUCUGUGCACCACUCAGGGCUGCGAUGGGGGCACAGGGAUGGGCUAUGGGGUGCUCGGUCCCUUCGAGCCCCCCCUGGCCAUGCCCCCACCCAGCAACCACACCAAGCUGAAGAAGACGUGGCUGACGCGGCACUCGGAGCAGUCGCUGCCACACUCCAAGUCACCCCAUGGGGACGGAGCCUCUGAGCCACCCGCAGAGGGGAAGCGCUCGGCCAAGCGCCCGCACGGCACCACCGAUGGAGCCCGCGGUGCUGCUGAUGCUGCUGGGGCAGCCAAAAGGGGCACCAAGGCCACCAAGCCUGUGGCUGCGGCGUGCCAUGGUGACGGCACAGAGAGCGGAGCGGGCCCGGAGGAGAGGAGGAUGCAGCUGGGAGAGGCAGGCCCGCGGGAGCCGUGGUGGCUGCAGAGCGAGCCCUGCACCGCGCUGCCCCAGAGCAUCCCGCGCUGCUGCGCCUGCACCGGCCGCGCCUUGCGGGGCCCCGGCCGCGAGCAGCGGGAGGAGGAGCCGCCCGAGAGCUCCUGCAGGCUGCUGCGCUUCCGCAGGUUUGCCCUGGGGGCCGGUGGGGAGCUGAGCCCCGACGGUUUCUGCACCCUGGGGGAGGCCGAGGGGGAGCUGCUGGAAGCGGCCAGCCCGGAGCGAGGGAUCCGGAGCACCGGCAGCAGCCUCUGCCUGGCCAAGUACCUGCUGGGGGUGCUGGGGGACCCCUUCUGCGAGGCCGUCCGCAGGGACAGGGACGUGUGGGCAGGAGCCCCCGAGGGUAAGCGGGGGCCGGGGUUUGGGGUGACCCCGGGGGCCGGGGGGCUGAGGCCUGUGUUUCCCAUAGGGGUAACAGCCUGGAGGCGAGGAGCAGGAGCCCCCCAGCUCUGUGACUCCUGCCAGCGCGGCUUCUUCAACUCGCACUGGAGCUGCCCCAGAUGUGGCUUCCAGCUGUGCCCCGAGUGCCACCGCAGCGGGCGGGGGGCUGAUGGACACGAGGGUCCAGCACGACCGCCUGAGUGCAUCCCUGGGCAAGCCCACCCCAUCGCACCCCUCAUCCUCACACAGUUCAUUCCCACUCAUGCCCUGACCCGGCUCUGGAAGCUGCUGCACAAGGUCCGAGCCCAGUUCAGCAUCGAGUCGCGUUGUCCCUGCGGGGAGGGGGCUGCCGAGCAGAGCCCAGCAGAGCCCCCCCCGGCAAGCAGGCAGGAGCUGGUGGGAGCCACGGUGCCGACCCCCCCACCCAGCGAUGGCCACACCGACACCUCCCGACCCAUCAAGGAAGAGACCACGGACGGGGGGGCCCGGUCGCCAGGGCAGGGACCCCCCCGCGGGCCCGUGCCCCCCGGCACCCUCUGCGAUCUCCUGGCCUCGACCGCUGUCAAGCUGUGCCUGGGGCAGGACGGGGUGCGAAUGGCGUUUGCCCCCGUCUCACCCGCUUUGCCCAGCGACAACCACUUGACCAGCAUCCUGGACAGCAUCAUCGCUCGCGUGGUGGAGAGGAAGAUCCAGCAGAGGCAGGCAGGGGGCGAGACGAGCCCCCCAAGUCCUUCCAACCCCCCCAGCCCACCUAGUCCCCCCGUUUCCCACUGCAUCCUGGCUCCCAGUGGGCUGCUCUGGCUGCAGGACCCUGGCCACGCCGCCAACUACGAGCUCUUCCAGGAGCACUGGCGGCAGGGCGAGCCUGUCCUGGUUUCAGGGCUGCAGAAGAGGCUGGAGGAGCGGCUGUGGGGGCCGGAAUCCUUCCGCUCCUGCGGGAUGGAGCAGGAGCUGGAGGUGGUGAACCUGCGGGCACCGGCCUCCCGCGUCCGUGUGAGCAGCCGGGAAUUCUGGGAUGGCUUCACCGCCAGCGCAGCAUCCCCGGAGAUGGACCAGGGCAGCAGGGACUUGCUGAAGCUGGAAAAUGGCUUUGGGGACAUGGAGCUGUGUCGGGCCACCAACCUGAGCACCAGUUUGCCACUGCCCGAGUACUGCAGGUCCAGCGGCCGCCUCAACCUGGGCACGUACCUGCAGGGACACUGGGUCCAGCGCUGGCUGUGCCCGCGUGUCUGCGCAGCUUAUGGUGUGAUGCCACAAGACCGGACCAUUGGGACCAAAACCCUGACGGUGGAGGCGACCGACUCCAUCAGCAUCCUGGUGCACACUGCGGCCGAGCGGCCGGCAGCACGGCAGGCCAUGCUCCUGCAAGCCGAAGGUGUGGAUGCCGCCCUGAGGGAGCGGCUCUGGGAUGCCGGCAGCCGCCCCGGUGCCUUGUGGCACAUCUUCCGUGCCGAGGACGCCGGCCGCAUCCAGGGUUUCUUGCAGAAGGCAUGUGAGGACCAAGGGCAGGACGGGGCGGCCACGGAGGAGCAGCCUGGUCCCUACCUGGACCUCUCGCUGCGGACGCGGCUGCGCCAGGAGUGCGGGGUGAGCGGCUGGACCCUCCUCCAGUGCCUGGGGGAUGCGGUGCUGGUCCCUGCGGGGGCUCCACACCAGGUUCAGACCCUCACCAGCACCAUCAGUGUGGAGCAGCGGUUCCUCUCGCCGGAGCACGCCGCACACCUCCGGGACCACAGCACGGACCCCACCGGGACCACGCGCCAGCUCCGUGCCCGGCUCGACAGCAUGAUCUUCUCCGCUGUGCGGGAGGCUGUGGGAGUGCUGCGGGGAUGCAAGUGAGGAGGAUGAGGAUGAGGAUGCUCGGACAUGGCCGGGAUGCUGCAGGGAGAUGGGAAUGGGCACCUCUUACUUGGUGCUUUGCCCUGGGAAGCUCAGGAGCAGGGAAUAAAGUGCAGCGAGCCGGGACCACCGGCACCACCAGCA